AUGCAGCUCGCCUUCAAGUUCUACGCUGGAAUCCCUGCUGCUGCUGCUGCUGCUGCAGCUGCUGCUACUGCUCCCGCUGCUGCGGCGGCCUCCCCUGAGAGUGCUGCUGCUGCUAGUAGGGCAGCCGCUUCUGCAGCACUGGCUGCUGCCGCUGCUGCAGCUGAGCAAUCCCCAGCAGCAGCAGCAGCAACAGCAGCAGCAGCAGCAGAGCCCUCACGAACAUCUUUGCGUGCUGCUGCCUUUGCGCAUCGCCUCUCCGCUUCUCCUUUCAACAACUUAUUUGGACUGGUGGAAGAUGAUUUUGUGCUGCUCAAGAACAGCAGCAGCAGCAGCAGCAGCAGCGGUAGCAGCAGCAGCAGCAGCAACAGCAGCAGCAGAGCAGCAAGCGAGGCGUUGUGUCUGAAGAUCGCAGGCAACGCGCAGUCCAUUUCGCGGGGCUGUUUGCUGCAGCACACUUCCUUUUUGCUGCAGCAGGAGCAGGAGAUGCAGCAGCUGCUGCUGCUGCCGCAGAAGCAGCCAGUGUACAGACACCAGAGGCAGCACGGCGCUUUCCUUUCCCCGCUGCAGCCGGUGCUGCAGCAGCAAAUCCAGUCUGCAUGCGGCAGCAGGCUGCUGCUGCAGCAGCCCCACCACUUCUUGCUCGCGCUGCAGCUGCUCGCAGAGCAAACCUGCAUCGCCAAGAACCAGCAGCAGCAGCAGCAGCAAAAGGGCAGCAGCAGCAGCAGCAGCAGCAAGAUUGUGUGGGAGGUGCAGCCGGCAGUUUUUGUUGCGGACGCAGCAAGGCCCCCUGCGAGCUUCUUCAGGUGCAUACGCAGCAUAGAGAAGCAGCGGCACGCAGCAGCAGCAGCAGCUGCUGCUGCUGCUGCCGCUGCUGCUGCUGCUGAUGCGCCAGCCGGCGCGAGCUGCAGCAGCAGCAGCAGCACGACUUCUAAACAAUUCCAUUUUUUGUGUUUCUCAAAGUCUCUUAUGCAGCAGCUCGUGCGGCGGAUGCUGCCACACAGCUGCAGCAGCAAUAGCAGCAGCAACAAUAGCAGCAGCAGCAGCAGCAGCAAGAUUGUGCGCAGCACGCAUUUGAUGGGCGCAGAUGGGGAGGCGCUGCCGGAUGAGUUCUUUCGUGAUAUCCUGGAGGUUAACGAUUUGCUGCCGCUGCAGCAGCAGCAGCAGCAGCAAAUGCAUCAGUAG